UUUUGUUUAUUGUGCAACAUUUAAAUAGAUGGGGUUUAUUGCAAAAAUUCUGUCUUGACCAAAGUUAAUUAACACUCAGGUAUUUGUCUUACCUGCAUAGCAACUAUGCAAUUCAACUCAAUGUAACCAACACAGCCAUACUGUAAGUGUCCUGUAAGAAUUACGUUCCCGUGCUGUUUGCCACGUAAAUGCAAGAAAUUCACCGGGCGGAUAUCCCACGCUUUAUAGAACGAGAGAAGAAAUCCUCCAAGCCAUCCUGGCAGGAUCUGAUUAUAUUGAACAUUCCUUCCAACAAUGUGCAAAAUGUAUGCCGUAAGACAUUGUAAGAGGACCUAUGUUUAUUUGUCUAAGCUAGAGACCACAUGUGCUGAUCAAUGUUUAACCAUUCAGUUUAGGGACGCCCAUCAACCAUGCUGAACAAGGUUUAAAGUUCAAUUUGGACUGAGUUAACACAGCUGGUUGGGAGCGAGCUGCAAAAUAGAGGACAACAUACACGUUAAAAUUGCUCAAAGCAGAUAUUUUUUCAAGCUGAACAGCUCAAGAUAGAGAAGACAUCCAAUAGGCCUUCCUGUGCUAGACGUUCUGUCUUCAAGGGUUCAAGGGCAGUCAUUGAAGGACAAAAGUUUGACGGCGCAAGUGCAAGGUACCUGCCAACUAGUCUUGUACCUGACAGCUGUCAAUCUUCACAACAUCAAUAUCAAAGUUAUGGAGUACAUCAUGAGUAAGAGGCCACCAUGUGUGCUGAUGUUCCUCCUGGUUCUCCUGAGGGUGUUGGGAACAACAGAUGCCUGCGACUGUUCAGCAUCAACAACAUACUGCAACUGCGUCGGUCUGAACCUCACCAGUGUGCCACAGAACCUCCUCACAAACACCACACGCUUGUUUUUGAAACAGAAUCAAAUUACCACUUUAAGUCAGUCUGAUUUCUCACGGUAUAGAAGCUUGAAAAGUUUAGAUCUUGCUUAUAAUCACAUUUCUGUCAUCAAUAGCCAAGCAUUCCAUCACUUGUCAAGCUUGACGGCACUAUGGCUCAUCCAUAACCGUCUGACAAGCCUCAGAGCUGACAUGUUUACAGGGCUGGUAAAAUUGGACACACUUUUCAUAUACAAUAAUGACAUCAACGACAUUCAGGCUGGAACUUUCGAUUCUACACCAAAUCUGAGAAGCUUAUACAUGUAUUACAACAAGUUAACAACCCUCCGAGCUGACAUGUUCACAGGGCUGGGAAACUUUAAGGGCCUUUACCUAAAUAAUAAUGACAUCACUGACAUUCAGCCUGGGACCUUCAAUCAAACACCACUGCUGAAAAACUUAUUCCUGAACAACAACAAGUUAACAAGCUUAAAAUUCGACAUGUUCACAGGGCUGGGAAACGUGCAGGGCCUUACACUAGAUGGCAACAACAUCAUGAACAUUCAGGCUCGAACGUUCAAUUCAACACCACAACUAGUAAACUUGAACCUAGAAAACAACCAAAUUCAGUCCCUUCCAUCCAAUUUACUGGUAAAUCUACUUCAGCUGGGAUCCCUCAAAUUGUCUCACAACAAAAUGACAAUGUUCCCGUUUGAAGAAUUGUCAGACGUUCAAACUAUUUCUUUUCUAUAUGGUCACAAUAACAAAUUGACGACUCUUCCCUCAAUGGCCUAUGACGUAUUUUCAUCAAUCUCUUAUGUAAACAUUGAAAACAACCCCUGGCAGUGUGACUGUGGGAUGGUUCCCUUUAAGUUGAAGAUGACAGGAUCGUAUCCUUUUGAAGACCAGAUCAAUUGUUCUCAACCCGAUCACCUCACUGGACUAAAGCUUAAAAAUGUCAAGCUCGAAAAGCUUUUCUCAGAAUGUGUAGAACCAACAAUUGUGAGAUUUGAGAGAGAUGACAGCAAGGUAUCGGUACAGGGGGGAAAUCUCCAACUGGUCUGUGAAGCGUCUGGAUUCCCCACACCAGACAUCACAGUCAUCCCCCCAUCAGGACUGAAUGCUACUGCAGAGUCCGGUGGGAGGAUAACUGUGGAGGUGAACGGUGCCAUCACCAUAACCAGAGUUACUGCAGCAGAUGCUGGUCUGUAUGUCUGUAUCGCAUCAAAUCCGGUUGGCUCCACGUUUGCGGUCUUCUCUACUGGGGUAAUUUCUUCUCGCAGUUUCCCCCUCCCAGUUUUUGCUGGCUCUCUGUGCGGUGCAGUAGUUGGCACUCUCCUCAUUGUUGCUAUUGUUCUCACAAUCUGCAAAACAUGCACCAGGAUUCGUUCUGAACCACCUGCAGCAGACCCUAACGUCGUUUUAUCGACACUAAUGCCCCAGUCGCAGGGAGAGGGUUCAUCCACCAGUGAUGACUAGUGGAUGUAUCAUCGCAUCUAUCUUUAAUGCCCCACCGCAUACUCACAGAAACUUCAAAGUCUGUAUGGAGGCUGUUAUCAAGAUUCCCAGCAUACCCGGGAAAGCAAAUGCUCCUGUACCAUUAUCAUUAGCUAUACCUAACACCAGGAGGGAACAAGACAAUAACCAUGACCCACAUCACUAUCAGUCUCUGAGGGAUCUGAAAAGCCAAGCAAAAGGUAAAAUGCCCACCACAGAGCCAUCCUCAAUAAUAAAUUGAAAGCCAGGCAAAAAUUACUACCAGCCUGAAUACCACACAGUCAUCCAUAAGACUUAUAUGUACAUG